AUAUUUCAAUCGGUUUCUUAUCCUAUAAUUGGUAUUAGCUCAAUGUUGUUUUGUUUGUAUUUGCACGGAGAGCUAAAGAGAGAUCAUUUAUAUGUGCCACUUAAUUUUGUUCUACCCUGGAAUCAAACAACACCACUUGGAUAUUGUGGUGAAAUCUUUGUGGUCGUUCUCUUUGCUGUUUCUUAUUUCGUUAUACACGGUGUCUCUUUCUUGAUAUUCAUUUCGAUGUGUUUUCAUCAUGAAGCAUUUUAUGAAAUGUUUCAACAUAAGAUGCGCAAAUUAAAUCAUCCCGAUGAGAACGGCAAUGAGAGAAAGUUACUUUGCAAGAUUAUUCAGUUCCAAAUUUCGAUUAGAAAUUGGUUUUUACAUUCGUCUAAGGUCUAUACACUUGUCAUUAUGAUCGAACUAAUUCAAAAUAUGUUGGGUUUGGCAAUUGUCAUCUUUGAAUUGGAGAUGCAAUCAAAACAUAUUAGUAUUGAUGGUUUGGUUUUCUUCUUGGGAACCUUAGUUUCAAUUGGGAAUUUGUUUUUGUAUUGCCAUUUUGGAAAAUUAGCUUCCAAUAGCUAUGAGAAAAUGACAGAUUGUCUUUAUAAUGAUUGCAAUUGGAUGUCGUUACCUAAUGAUCUUAAAAAGAACAUUCUCUUUAUGAUUCAAAUGUCGCAAAAACCCAUUUUCUACCAUGGAUUCGGAAUCCUUGAGCUGAAUUUGGAAACGUUCACUAAGUUUAUGAAGACCACCUGCAGCUAUUACAUGAUUUUGAAAACUUUGAAUGACAAAUAAAUUACAAAAUUGUUUCUGUUAAAAUCAACAUCGUAGCAAUGCACCUGUUGUACCUAAUA